AUGUCAAACGUCCAAAAAUUUAGUAACGUCAGUCAACAAAAUAAGGAAGCAGGUGAUGGUGAUUCAAUGCCUCAAUCUUUGAAAGAAGCCCUGGAAUUAAUGGACUCGAUAAACCGACGUCUGGAGGAUUGUGCCAUGGAAUGGCAGUCGAAAAUUUCUAAGCAGCAAUGGAAACUUUUGAACGAUAAAUCGGCUACUGAAGUCGCUUGGGACCAGUCUUUGCUCGCUCUGCAAAACCAAAUUAGCGAAGUACCUUCAGCUAGAAGCGAAAAAUCAAACCCAGUUGUUGCGCCGCUAGAUCUUUCGCUUCUGGAAGACAAAACUGGACAACAAUCUGAGAGACGAAGAAGUAAGAGACUCGCGGCAUUAAAUUCAAGCCGGGAUGUCCAGCAGUGCUUCGCUGAAUUGAUAAAAGCAAAAAUAGACCUAGACACUAAAUUUCUCGGCUUUGAAGCUGUUCUCAAUGGACCUAACAGUAUCACGAUGCCUCCAACGGAGAGUGUUUCUUGUUUGUGUCAGAUUUGUUCCAAUAUUUUGGGAACAGUUAUUGACAAUGAGAAGAUGUUAAAAGACGUAACGAAGCCAAAGGUCAGAAAAACGAGCGCAAGACCAACUAGUAAAAGGCUCGUUAAAUCCUCGAGAAUUUGGAAAAAAACUCACGAUAGAAAGCAGUCAUUAUCUCUUGGUCACAUUGACGGAAAAUCGGUUUCACCGAAGAGUACUAAAGAAUGUUGA